UCUAAUAAAAUAAAAAAUCUAAAAAUCUUGGUUUUGUGUUUAUUUACAUUUUUAUUUAUAAAAAAAUCAAAACUCAAAAUAAAUUUUUACAAUUUUUAGAAAGUUUUUAAAAUAAAUAUACUGAAACAAAGCAACAAAAUUUUUCAAAGUAAAUCAAUCAGUUUCCAGGUUUUUGAGUAGUAAAUUAGCACUAACCUCAUCAAAACACAUCUAGAACAAAUGAUGAACAUUUCGUCAAUGCAACAACAAGGUGGAAUGGCGAUGGGGCAAAUGCCUCAGCCAUCAAAUCCUCAGAUGGCUCCUAAUCCUCAACAAGCGCAACAAGUCCAGCAACAGCAAGCACUGCAACAGCAACAGCAACAACAACAACAACAGCAGCAGCAGACACAAGAAAAACUUGACAAUAUUUCAAAAGUCAAAUCACUAGUCGGUCCACUUCGCGAAUCAUUAGCAAUAGCUUUGAAAACAGCCGCCAAUACCUUAACACAAAACAGUCUUGUCGACGUCGGUUCAUCUAAAAGUACCGACUCAGAUCAUCGUUUUAAUAAAAACAUGGAAGAAUUUUAUUCAAUUUGUGAUCAAAUAGAGUUACAUUUAAAAACAUCCCUCGAAUGUCUAUCACAAAAUGCCAGCUCAGUUCGUUAUUUUCCAAUGCCCGUGAUGCCAACUCGUACUGAAGCUAUUCCAGCUCAAGAAGGACCAGCUCUAACAUAUCCACAAUUUUUGAUGACCGUCAAAGCCCAAGUUUCAUUUCUACGAGAAAUUCACGAUGCACUUAUGACUGCAUCCAAUUCUCUUACAUCUAAUGAAUAAUAAUAAUUAAAUAAAUUACUUAGUUAUAUUUUUUGUAGAUUAUUAAAGUUAUUUAUAAAACAAAGCGUAAUUAAAAAUUUUAA